AUGUUGUCAAAAGCGGGCGGCUCAGGUUCCCUUCUUCUGAAAGUUAGGAGAAGUUUUCCUCGAAACUCUAGCUUUGGAAAAUUACCCGUAGCUUCAAGCAGUACAACUGCAGCUACAUUUAACUCGGCCCAGGACUCCAGUGCCAAAAGGUUUGAUGAAAUUCCUGGUCCGAAGGGACUUCCAUUUAUCGGGACAUUAUUGGACUACAGAAUCGGACAAUACCGGCCAACAACUUUCCACAAGGCCCUCCUCGACCGACAUAAACAAUAUGGGAAAAUAUUCAAGCAGAAAAUUAUGGGUCGCACGACUGUUCAUUUGUUGGACCCGGAGUUCUAUAGAGUCUGGUUCCAGUCGGAGGACAAAACGCCCCACAUUGUUCCACUACUCGAGCCGGUGAAGAUCUACCGAAAGAAACGAAAUUUUGCCGCUGGGUUGGGGAACAGUAAUGGCGAGGAAUGGUACAAAGUUCGCAGUGCCAUUCAACAGCUGAUGAUGAGGCCGAAAGAAGUGACCGAGUUCUUCCACAUGGCUGAAGGAGUCGCCACUGACUUCCUCGAGAGGAUCAGAAGAAUACGAGACAAAAACGGUGAAGUUGGAAACUUCUUAAACGAGGCAAAGAAAUGGACACUUGAAACUUCAUCAAUGACAUGCUUUGAAAAAAGACUUGGUGCACUGGAAUGUCAGCCAGGCUCUGAGCUCCAGAAAACAAUUGAUAUCAAUGCCGCUAGCUUGGAUCUUUCUACCAAAUUGUAUUUCUCACUGCCCAUUUACAAGUACUUUAGUACUCCGGCGUGGCGGGACUUAAUCGACAAACAAGACUCCUUUCACGGUAAAGCAAAGGAGCUAGUCGAUGCCACCACGACGAAGAUACAGGAUUUGAUGAAAAAGGGUGAAUUAAAGGAUGGCCAGUAUGGCUUUAUGACGUAUCUGUUGUCGAGGAAAGACUUGGAGUACAAGGACGCCGUUAUCAUAGCUCUCUCCUUAAUCGGGGACGGGCUUAUUACGACCUCUCCAGCUACAGUGGGGCAGCUUUACUGCUUGGCGACGAACCCGGCAAAACAGGAGAAGCUGUAUGAAGAGGUUUGCAGGGAGGCCCCAAAAGGGGAGCCACUCACAUCUGAGCGGAUCAACAGGAUGCCGUAUCUCAAGGCUUGUGUCAAAGAAGCAUUCAGGUUUUUCCCGACGGGACCUGAUGUUAAAAGAGUGGUCAUGAAAGACACUAUGAUUGGUGGAUAUACCAUACCUAAAGGGACAAAUCUUGAAAUGAACAACUUUGCUCUCCUGCGAUCGAGCGAAUAUUUCGAUGAUCCUGAAGACUACCUGCCGGAGAGAUGGUUGCGAGGCGAAUCAGCCCAUAACAUCCACCCCUAUCUACUCACACCGUUUGGGUAUGGGACUCGCAUGUGUCCAGGUCGUCGCUUUGCGGAACAAGAUAUGUACAUCAUCAUUACAAAACUGAUUCAAAACUUCAAAAUUCGAUGGAACUCAAAGGAGGUAUUGUCACAGGAGUACAAAAUGGUGUUCAUUCCGGACAGACCCGCCACAUUUGCGUUUCUUGACAGAGAAUAGACGUUUGGUCGUCAUCUCCGGGGGCGGCCCUUGAUCGAGACCGUCCUCCGCGCUGUGUAGCGCCACCAGAGACGUGUCAUCAAUCUAGUCUGGGUUUUGAGGUCAUUACGUACAUGUAUACGUUCCCCAAGCGAAAAUCAGCGCCGCCUAUUGCCGUGUUAAACCAAUGAUUUGAACAUCGGUAAGAUUGAGCGAGAUAUCACACAUUCUUUAUGAAUGCAAAAUACUAUCGUGAAAAUUUUGGGAAGGAGCAAAACCUAUUUAUAUUCGGCACAGCUAGACCAAGCUUCAUGAUUAUCAUGACGGGUUGAGACGUGCACCGUCGAAUCUUAGGGCGCCGCCUUGAUCGGGCUCUGACUCAUUCUUGCCAGACUGAUCAUUGGCAUUACGAAACUGAUCAUAAUAGGAGUGGGAGAGGUUGAAUGACUAUAAUGUUAAAUCGUGAUUCUUAGGAAGACAAAAACGCUACUGUACGACUCAAACAAAUUUCUUCACAACUUCAUCCCUUCUUUUCG